AUGUUCCACCACCGUCAGCACUGGUUGCUCAUCCCCACGGGUCUCCUCGGCUUCUUCUGCCUCUGGAGAACAUCGUCUUGGAACGCCCCAAGUGUACUCACUAGUACGUCAAUCCAACUGGACCUGUCGCUGCCCGCACCCAGUGUCGUCAACCAACGGGCCUUCAACAUCUCCAAGAAGUACCCAAAACCCCCGAAGAGAAGACACCGUGGAGCAGCGUCCAGGUACAUGCUCCAGCUUUAUCAUCGGCGGCCAUCAGCGGACAUCGUCCGGGCACUCUCUCCCCUGCACGUCUCAGGGCCAAUAGAACACAACGGCGGCGGGCGGAUUCUGGAGUUCCAACUGCCUCCAGUCAACCCAGAGGAGUAUCUCGAAGCCGCGGAACUCCUCGGCACCGCAGGUAUGAUCCUCCGGGUGAAGUCGAUGGACCAUUUCGUUCAGCCCGAGGGGUUGAGGGCCUCCAGGAGGGAUGAGACCUGGCGAGCGUUCGACGUGACGUCAACCGUGAAAAAACGAAAGGAAGACAUCGUAAAAUUUCUAGUGACAGGUAGGGUCAGGGGACAACCGGGGGGAGAGGGUCCCAUUCUCCUCCUCAGCUAUACGAAGCCCAAAAAGAGGACACGCCGAUCAGCGGAGGAAGAGAGUGAGGAUCUUCCUGUGGCUUCCUGGUCGGCGGAUCCUCGGAGGCGCAGGAAGAACCCCUGCAGGAAACGCCCUCUCUACGUUGACUUCUCCGCAAUCAACUAUGAUGAGUGGAUUGUAGCUCCACCUGGCUACGACGCCUAUCAGUGCAUGGGAAAGUGCUUCUUUCCGUUCCCCGAUCACCUGAGCCCGACUAAACACGCGAUCGUUCAGUCGUUGCUGCAUGGAGCACUUCAGGGGGUGGAGGGAGGCAAAACUAUUGGGAGGGUCUGCUGUGUGCCGACAAGACUGGCGCCAACCAGUCUUCUUUAUUUGGAUGCCAGUGGUACGCUGACUUAUCAGUACGGGUACGAGGAUAUGGUGGUGGUUGAGUGCGGUUGCCGAUAA